AUGUUAUUUUUGAUUCUAAUUCUGCACUUAGCAGGUCUGUCAGCUCAGAUACAAGCUAGACCUGCUACAGAAGGGGAGGGGAGAGAUUUAAUUGAGAGACAAGAUGCUAGUGAUAUAUCUUCAGCCGCAGCUACCUCAGCCGAGGCUACUUCGAUAGCGACCUCAGAAGCACCUUCAUCGGUCGUGCCGUCGUCAGCAGACGCAUCCUCCGCGGUCACACCUACCUCAUCCCUCUCACCCUCUACUUCGGCUGAGACAAGCUCCACAACUCCUGAACCAUCCUCACUGACUCUCAGCUCAACAUCCCCCUCUCCCUCUCCUUCCUCAUCAGUUCAGCCAAGUUCAGCGGUCGCAUCUACAACUAUCGAACCAGUAUCCGCAUCCACACCUGCAGCUUCACCCUUCGCAUCACCAAUACCAUCUUCGUCGAUCGAAUCUUCAGCUGCACCUUUCUCUACUGCUGAGUCGAGUGCUAUCACAAGUUCAGCGCCCUCAGCUCCUGCUUCUGCUAUCCCGUCGUCAUCUCAACCUAUACCAUCUUCUGCCAGUACGUCCCCUUCUGUUCUCCCUUCAUCCGCUACCUCAGUCUCUGCUGGUACAUCAUCUCCGUUAUCUUCCACCACCGAUGGAUCAUCGUCACCACCAUCGCCAUCAAUACUCUCCUCCUCCUCAUCACCUCCCCCAUCAUCCUCAUCUCCGAUCAUUGGGACAUCAUCAACCAACCCAUCUUCUUCCUCCUCUAUAGGUUCAGGUUUGAUUUCAGCUUCCACCACCCCCAUUUCUUCGGUACCUGCUUCGACUCCAUCCUCCGCCCAAUCUUCGGCAGUGGUAUCUUCACCUUCUGCUCCCAAUUCAGCAUCGCCAUCUUCAACGUCUCUGCAACAGACCUCUGCAGCAGUCACUUCUACCAGUGUUAUCGCUCCAUCCACCACACCCACAGCAGGCGGACCGAUAACAGCUACAGCGACCCGGGUUUUCACCACCGAGGUAGUAGAGACGACCAACGGAAUGACUACGACUAGGCAAGCAGAAGAAACUGUGGUAGUGGUUGUGACUGCCGGGGGAGGUACAGCGACUCAGACUGCUGUGCCUACUGACGGUGGACAGGCCGUAGUUACCGUCACUGCUACCGAUCCAGGGGCGACCCAGGGAUCAGAUGGUGGACUGGUCAUCGUCACUGUCACGUCGACUAACGGAAGUACCACUGACCAGGCAGGUCAGACUGGUCCAGUGUUAGUGACAAGUACGAUUCACGCCCAGUUGACCGUCGUUGGUGGAUUGACAGUCACAGCUACCAGAACAGCAGGAAGUGGAGGAUCGUUACAAUCUGCCGGCGCUCCAACGUUAUCCUUGGACAUGAUGACAGCGAGUAUGAUAAUGACUUUUAUGGGCAUCGUGUUGGGUUCAAUGAUCGUAGUGUAA